AUGAGUAGUUUCACAAAGAGCACAUCUUUCAAUAGAAGGGCAUUGAGUUCUCUAGCUAUAGAAAGCCCUAGGAGCACAUCUUCAACCGCCUUCAACAGCCCCAUCGGCUCAGCCUUCGCUAGCCCUAGAUUACAACAGAGCUUCGGAGGAAGUCCACGUCCGUCUUCCUCUGUUAACCGGUUAAAAGAGAUCUCGUAUCUCUUCCAGGUGCUUAUCAUCGCCGGAACAAUCGUUUCCUUUCUCGUCAUCAUCGCCGGAGGUUACCUCUACGUUGUUCCUAGCCUCGGUCAAACGUUCUUGGGAUACAAUGGAGCUUUGCAGUUCAACACCUUUAACACCUCUGUUACGGAUAAUGAUGCUAAGGAAUGUGACAUCUUCGAUGGGAAUUGGGUUGUUGAUGAUGAUAACUACCCGUUGUACAACGCUUCUGAGUGUCCGUUUGUGGAGAAAGGAUUCAACUGUUUAGCCAACGGUCGUGGUCACGACGAGUAUUUGAAGUGGAGGUGGAAGCCUAAGCGUUGCGAUGUCCCGAGGUUUGAAGUUGGUGAUGUGUUGGAGAGGCUGAGAGGGAAAAGGAUAGUCUUUGUUGGGGAUUCGAUGAGCAGGACGCAGUGGGAGUCUUUGAUAUGUAUGUUGAUGAGUGGUUUGGAAGAUAAGAGUAGUGUUUAUGAAGUGAAUGGGAACAAUAUAACGAAGAGGAUAAGGUUCUUGGGAGUGAGGUUUGGUUCUUUCAACUUCACGGUUGAGUUUUAUAGAUCGGUUUUCUUGGUACAGCCUGGGAGGCUGCUGAUGCGUUGGCACGCGCCGAAGCGUGUUAGGUCGACGUUGAAGUUGGAUGUUUUGGAUGUGAUUAACCAUGAAUGGAGCUCGGCGGAUUUUCUCGUGUUUAAUACUGGUCAGUGGUGGGUUCCUGGGAAGCUUUUCGAAACUGGUUGUUACUUUCAGGUUGGGAACUCGUUGAGGCUCGGGAUGUCGAUUCCUGCAGCGUAUAGAGUAGCGUUAGAGACAUGGGCGUCGUGGAUAGAGACUACGAUUGAUCCAAACAAGACUCGUGUUCUGUUUCGUACUUUUGAGCCAUCUCAUUGGAGUGAUCAUAGAUCAUGCAAUGUGACAAAGUUUCCAGCACCAGACACAGAAGGAAGAGACAGAAGCAUAUUCUCUGAAAUGAUCAAAGAAGUAGUCAAGAACAUGACAGUUCCGGUAUCGGUUUUGGAUGUAACUUCGAUGUCAGCGUUUAGAAGCGAUGGUCAUGUUGGUUUAUGGAGCGAUAAUCCAUUGGUACCUGAUUGUAGUCAUUGGUGUUUACCUGGAGUUCCUGAUAUCUGGAAUGAAAUCUUGCUCUUCUUCCUCUUUAGACAACAAGUUCAUUAA